AUGAACAUUCCAAAAGAGGAAAACAUCAUUAACCGUGCCGUAGAUGUAACGAUACAAUUUGGUAAGGACAAAAAAAUGAAGGUAAUCAAAAGGGUGGUAGGAAGUUACGAUGAAAGUAAAAAUUCUGAGUCCGAAAGAAAAUACAAAACAAAAGAGUCACACGAAGAAGGAAUGAAAAUCUAUUUACAAUACUUUCAAAGAAAUUUUGCAAAAUUUAGUAAUGAUUAUAAUCUAUAUAAUGUAUACACCUUAGAACAAGUUAAUCAAAAAAUGAAAGAAACUAUAAAUGAUAUAAUGGUUCUAAUAAAUAUGGAUUAUGAUUAUGCUUAUCGUUUUAUGAAUGCUUACAAAUUUAAUUCGGAUAAGUUAAUUGAAGCAUGGUUUAGGAAUCCAAAAGAAGUUCUAGAAAAGGCUCAAUUGUCUCACCUGAUGAAAGAGCAGGAUUUUUCUGAUCAUUUAACAAAUGACAUUAUCCUAGAGGAAAAAUUAAUCAAUGCAGAAUGCACAUUAUCCAAGGAAUUUCCUACCAUCCAAAAGUCAGAUGAUACAAAAUGGAAUGGAGAAAAGUACAUUUGUCCCAUUCUACUUAACGAGUACAAAAUAGAAAAUACAUACGCGCUAAAAUGUGGACAUCGAUAUUCUAAGGAAUGUUUGGAAAGGUAUCUAAAAACAUCAAUUGAAAACGAUUUCGAUGAAGAUAUAAUUAAUAAAAAAUGCAUAGAACCCAAAUGUAAAGAAUUCUUUAAACAGAAAGACUGGGAAUGUGUAUUAGAUGAAAAAAAUGAACUACUUCAAAAAUAUCAAAAAAUAUUAUUACAAAUUUUUAUAAAAUAUAGCCACAAUUUAAAAAAAUGUCCCUAUGAAAAUUGUGAAUAUGUCAUCGAAUCUGUAAUGCUAAAGGAUAAUACAGUCAUAUGCAAAUGUGGGUACAAUUUCUGUUUUAACUGUUGUUAUGAAUUCCAUAGACCUGUUACAUGUUCCGUUAUUAAGAAAUGGAAUGAUUUGCUUACGAAAGGAGAUCAUAAUAUAAAAUGGAUUCAGACACACACCAAAAACUGUCCCAAUUGUGCAAAAUCAAUUGAAAAAACAUCUGGCUGUAUGAAUGUAAAAUGUGUUUGUGGUUUUAGUUUUUGUUGGCUCUGUCUGCAGGCUUGGGUUCAUCACAAAGGAGGAUUCUACAAGUGUAAUCAGUACAUAGAACGGGACACAUCCCGUGAGUCCACAAGCGAAGCGGCAAAUGAGGCCACAAACGAGGACACAGACGAGAUCAUAGACGAUGUUGUAUAUAAACAUCCAGACAAACCUCCAAAUGACAAUCAGAACUUGACCACGCUACGCCCGCAGCAAGGUAAGGCACUCAAGCUUGAAGAACGCAAAAGAGCUCACAAAUCGCUUAACAAAUUAAACCAUUUCAAAACAAGAUUCGAUGCACAUCAACAUGGGGAAGAUUUUGCCAUAAGAACGCAACUAUUAUUCGUUUCCCAAUUUUGCAAGAUGAAUAACGUAGGACCAACACAUCGAAUUCAAAACUUUCAGAAUUCCAUAAUACAAACUAUUAGAUGCAGAAAAAUACUCAAGUGGUCUUACGCCUUUGCAUAUUUUGUCGAAUGGAAAGAUGAAAAUAAAAAAUAUCUUUUCGAAUAUCACCAAGGACAGCUAGAAAAAAAUUUAGACACUUUGCAAAGAAAAACUGAAAGUAUAGAUUUGGCCCAAUUCCUUAACCCAAAUUUAGAUGUUAAAAUAGUUCGAGAAAUUGAUGAGUUAACAAAGACAGUGGACGUCUUUUUCAAGAACGUUUGUGAUUUUAUAGAAAGUACAUUUAGCGGAUUUACUCAUUAA